AGCAACUUGCUGAGCUACGAGGGGCCUGCUGAGCGGUGCCGCUGGGCCGAGUCCCUCUCGGAGCUGGACCUGUCCUCCAACCAGCUGACGGAUGCCGUGUUUGAGUGCUUGCCAGUCAACGUGCAGAAGCUGGAGCUGCAGAACAACCAGAUCAGCAGUGUCCCCAGGGGGAUGGCGGAGCUGAAGUCCUUGAGAGAGCUGAACCUGGCGUCCAACCGCCUGGCUGACCUGCCGGGCUGCGGGGGCUUCCCGUCGCUGGCCUUCCUGAACGUGGAGAUGAACGUGAUCCUCACCCCGUUGGUGGACUUCUUCCAGAGCUGCCCGCGGGUGAGGGAGCUGCAGGGCGGGCACAACCCCUUCAAGUGCUCCUGUGAGCUGCAGGCCUUUGUGCGGCUGGAGAGGCGCUCUGGGGGGAAGCUGUUUGGCUGGCCGGGGGCCUACGUGUGCGAGUACCCGGAGGAGCUGCGAGGAAGGCUCCUGGAGGACUUCCACCUGGCCGAGCUGGCCUGCAACACCACGCUCCUGCUGGUGACGGCUCUGGUGGUGACGCUGGCGCUGGUGGCCGUGGUGGCCUUUCUGUGCGUCUACCUGGACGUGCCGUGGUACGCGCGGAUGACGUGGCAGUGGACGCAGACGAAGCGGAGAGCUCGGCACCAGCAGCCCCAGGAGCAGGAGGGGGCUCUGCAGUUCCACGCCUUCGUGUCCUACAGCGAGCGGGACGCGGCGUGGGUGAAGGAGGAGCUGAUGCCCAACCUGGAGAGGGGGGAGGGCCGCGUCCAGCUGUGCCAGCACGAGAGGAACUUCAUCCCCGGCAAGAGCAUCGUGGAGAACAUCAUCACCUGCAUCGAGAAGAGCUACAGGUCCAUCUUUGUGCUGUCUCCCAACUUUGUGCAGAGCGAGUGGUGUCACUACGAGCUGUACUUUGCCCACCACAAGCUCUUCAGCGAGACUUCCAACAGCUUAAUCCUCAUUUUGCUGGAGCCCAUCCCUCCGUACGUGAUCCCCGCCAGGUACCACAAGCUGAAGGCUCUGAUGGCCAAGCGAACCUACCUGGAGUGGCCCAAGGAGAGGAGCAAGCAGCCCCUUUUCUGGGCCAACCUGCGGGCAGCCAUUAACGUGAAGCUG